AUGCAGCGGCACGAGGCCUUCACCGAAUGGGCACAAGCACGCGGCGUGGAGAUUGGGAAGGUAAAGCCUGCGAGACUUCCAGGGCGCGGUCUAGGACUGGUAACGACGGCCUCGGUGAAGAAGAACCAGCGCAUCCUAUUCGUUCCGGAGAAGGCCAUGUUCAAGCCGGACUCAGCGCUUCUUAAACAGCAUAACCUCCAACACGCAUCUCCCCAAGCACAACUUGCGGUGAGCGUGCUCGCAGCGUGCGCGACACAAGUGUCCGCUAUUGCUUUGUGGGAAGCGACAUGGCCCACAGACACAGACUUUGAACAGGGUAUGCCAAUGAGAUGGGACGGGUGUCUGCAAGAUCUCUUGCCACCGUCUGUGCAACAACCGCUUCAGAGACAGCAAGACGACUACAUGAAAGACGUGGGUUCUGUGCACACCUUCCUCAGGCACGCCAGGGUCACAGAGCAGCGCUUCCGUUAUUAUUGGUCGAUAGUGAACAGUCGUAGCUUCCACUGGAAGCCUCCCAAGGGCAAGGCGGGAUCAAUGGUGAUGUGCCCGUUCAUCGAUUACACUAACCACGGGCCGACUGGAACUGGAUGCAACGUGUCCCAGCGGUCCAAUGGGUAUGAAAUGCUUGCAAAUCGAGACUACGAUGCCGGGGAAGAAGUGCUCUUCACAUACGGCGCGCACUCCAACGAUAAACUCCUCGUACAUUAUGGCUUCAUCUGCGAAUCACCACCCGGUUUGCGUAACAAAGACGACGACAUACGUCUCGACCAUCUGUUAAUACCGAAGCUUGAUUCACAUGUACGGGACAAACUACAGGACGUUGGCUUUCUGGGAGCGUAUGCCUUGCUGCCUGCUGAGAACGAGCUGUGUUUUAAGACUCAAGUAGCUGUUCGUGCGGCGCUUUUGACCUCCAAUGAGUGGGAGUAUUUCGUCACUAACGGUGAGGACAUGACUGAGGACCAAACACCGGCAGUUUUGCGCUUCAUGCACCCAUUACUGGUAAGGUACCACAAUGAUGCGACAGGUGAACUUACGAUUAUCGAGGAACAGAUUGUCGAUGGAUCAGGACCGUCCACUCAGCUGCUUCUGUUGCGGAGCAGAUGGCGGCAGAUACAGGAUGCUUUAGAGGCGUUCUUGAAGAUGUGA